AUGAUACGCUACUUUUCCGUAUGCUAUCUUGCAUAUAUACUUUUUACAAGCCUCCCAUGCGUCCUCGGUAAAACGGACACGACGGUGAACAACAAAACAAUUGACCGAACCAUACAGCUUCGGACGCAUUCAAUAUUUCCUCCAUACAUUGAUCAGGACCUGCAAAAUCGUUGGUGGGAUUUCGGUGCAGAUGCAUAUAUUAACACCAACAAACAUAUUCGUCUCGCACGCGCUCGCCCAUCUCAAAUGGGAUGGCUCUGGUCACGCAUGCCAGUCACUGGUGAAUCAACCCACUUGUACGGAGAUGGAAUGGCUAUCUGGCUCACAAAGGACCGAGCUGAACCAGGUCCUGUCUUCGGUAGUAAAGGUCAGUUCUAUUAUGCAAACUCUCGGCAUCCGUAUGGCUUUCCCCGCGUUAUUUCAAUGUUGGGAGAUGGUCAGACGCCUUACGACCAAGCGCAUGAUGGUGAGGCCAACAGCCUAGGCUCGUGUUCAGCCAAUUUCCGUCGUACGAACGUGAUCACGAAGCUCAAGAUCACCUACGUGAAGGAUACCUAUCUUGAUGUCAAGGUCCACUAUCGAGCCUGGGAUGACUGGUCUGACUGUUUCCGCCUCACGGGUAUAAGUCUUCCCCCCGCUCCAUACAUCGGCAUAACCGCAAUGACAGGCGAAGUAUUUGAUUCACAUGAUGUAAUUUCUGUGACGACGUGGUCCGCAAUUCUGUCGGCCUCUGAUGCGCAGCGCAACAAGUUUGGCGCCAGUGGGAAGGGUACGUUCUCACGCAAGUCCGGAGCUGAGUCGCAGGGCGGCUCGUGGCUCGGCUUUAUCUUCAAAAUACUGCUCUUUGUGGCCGUCUGUGCAGGUGCUUCGUAUGGGUAUAAAACCUACACGCUUAAUAAGAGGAGGGGUUAUGGUGGUUCUGCAUUUGGGGGCUUGGGUUACGAGAGCCGGAGGCGGUUCUGA